CCUCUUAUGGUGAAUUAGGAUUGACCCGAGUCUACAGAGAGGAUUGUAUGCAGCAGUAUCCAGAGUGAGCAGAAAUCAAGAGGAGUGAUUAAAAAAAAAAAACCCACACAUUUCAACUUCUUAAACAAGAUCCAAAGGCGUGAAUGAGGCGACUGAGUGCAGGAAUUUCAGCUCAGGGCAAAGCAGCUGCAAGUUACAGAUGGAGACCUUUAACAUUUUACAGUCCACACGCAGUUAACGACACUAACCAUGGUGGUGCUGUCGGAGAAUGGGCCAGACGCAAUGAACCGGGUUGGUAAACCUGUCCAGGUUGGCUUCUAUGAGAUCAUCCGUACACUGGGGAAAGGAAACUUUGCUGUGGUGAAGCUGGCAAGACACAAAGUCACUAAAACACAGGUCGCCAUUAAAAUCAUUGACAAAACCCGUUUGGAUGCAUCAGACUUGGAAAAACUCAACAGGGAAGUUAAAAUCAUGAAGCUUCUGAACCAUCCACACAUCAUCAGACUCUACCAGGUUAUGGAAACCAAGAAUAUGUUGUACAUUGUAACAGAGUAUGCCAGUAAUGGGGAAAUGUUCGAGUAUCUUGCAUGCAACGGUCAUAUGAGUGAAGAAGAAGCUCGCAAGACAUUUUGGCAAAUCCUCUCUGCUGUAGAAUAUUGCCACAGAUGCCACAUUGUACAUAGAGACCUUAAAGCUGAAAAUUUACUGCUGGACAGCAACAUGAACAUCAAACUGGCAGACUUUGGUUUUGGAAAUUUCUUUGUACCUGGAAAGCCUCUGAAUACCUGGUGUGGAAGUCCACCUUAUGCAGCACCAGAGAUCUUCAAGGGAAGGGAAUAUGAAGGACCACAGCUAGACAUCUGGAGUCUAGGUGUGGUUCUCUAUGUGCUAGUGUGUGGAUAUCUGCCCUUCGAUGCUGCCUCACUUCCAGCUCUGAAACAGCGUGUCAUAGAGGGACACUUUAGGAUUCCUUACUUCAUGUCUCAGGAGUGUGAGAACCUGAUACGGAGGAUGCUGGUGGUGGAUCCAGCCAAACGUAUCAGUCUGGCACAAAUCAAGCAGCACUGCUGGAUGAAAGCUGUGCCGAUAGCAGUGUGCCAGUCUUUAUUUAACCCUCCUGAGCCUGAGAGGCACUGCCAGGCAAAGAGUUACAAUGAGCAAGUGCUCGGUCUCAUGCAGACGCUGGGCAUUGACAAGCGGAGGACCAUUGAAUCUUUACAGAAUGACAGCUACAACCACUUUUCUGCCAUUUACUGGCUCUUGCUGGAGAGACUGAUGACCAGACCAGAGCAAAUAAAAAAAACUCCAGAUUGGUCUAAAAAGCCGUGUUACUCAGUACCAGUGUUGGGAAGUUCAUUAGAUUCAGGUCCACCUAUGUUACAUUACAGAAACUCUCCCUCUCCCAGCAACUUACUGGAUGCUCGAUUAAGCAGAGCAGUACAAGUUAAAAAUGGGGAUGAAGAGGAGAAGCAGUUACCUCUUGACUGUACAGCUGAAAACAGGAGCACAAUACACAGAUACACUGACUCUGAGGUGCCGUCUUUUAAAAGCUUGUGUCACCAACCAAGUAUUGUGGUGGAUCAAGUGGAUAGUGCCACUGCAGACAGCUCUCCUGCCUCUUCCUUCACUGUCUCCAGCACCUCUUUCACUUCCCCUGGGGCUCUUUUAGACCCACAAGUCUCUAUGAAACAAGUUCAGGGACAGUAUCCAUUUUCACUUAAACCAGAAAGAAGCUCUCUCACUCAUUCAUCCGCCCUGAGGUUCCAAACAAGUCUGCAAGUUCCCAAUUUCCAGGAGGGCAGAAGAGCCUCAGACACUUCACUGCCCCAAGGUCUAUGGGCUUUUCAAGAGCAUUUGAGCAAGAAUGUUCACACAACAGGCCAGUUUGGUUUGAACAAAGUUCCUAUGCAGUACAAAUGUCCCCAAAUAACCAACCCAGAACACGCUAAUAAACCUCCAACACAAUCAUGGGAGCAUCUCCAUGGCCAGACUGAAGGCCUUCAGCACCGUCAAUGGACAUCUAAUAUUCGUUGUCAUCAUUCCCAUCUGCCACAAAAGACUUCUCCUCAUCCUCCUCCUACUGUGGCUAUCCAGAAUCACGCCAGCUGUCCAGCACACCACUUAACUUCUUUAUCCACUUCGGGUUACCGCAAAUUUCACCACAACCCUUCAUCCCUCCUUCACACUCCGCAGAGUCUGCUGUGUCCUCGACAAGAUCCACCAUCUCACUAUUCCUGCUUGCCAGCAACCUACAUGUGCUCCACUUCUAGCUGUUCUUCCUCAAACAUGGUGGAUUCCACCACACUGCUCCUGGAGGCACAUCUGCAGAUAAAACCAAGCUCACGCUGAUGUUCAUUAGUAGUUAUGGAGGGUCCAUUGGACCUGGUCAUCUCUUUUGAUUUUAUAGUAUUGUAACAAAUUUUCUAGAGCUAUUCCAGUUACAGUAGAAAUGACAAAUCUAUCAUUUUGACCUGGACAGAACACAAAGUCACUCUGGAUAAGAGCGUAUGCAAAAUGACUACAUGUAAAUGUAAAAUUCACUUACUAUCAAGUCAUUUUUACUCUCCUGAAAUAAUGGGAGCAAUAGACUAUGCACUAUACUGUAUGUGAUUAAUAAGGUCUAACCAGAGGAUACACAUAUUUCUGGGCUACUGUAUAAAAUGCUGUUAAGUGUGCAAAAAUAAUAACAGAGGAGCAAAAAUGUCCUAUUUUUAUUCCCAAGCACCUUAUCCAAGGUCCUUACUGAGUGUUACCUUAUCCAAGGUCCUUACUGAGUGUCUUUUCUCAUGUAUUGAAAUAAGCAAUAAUUAUUCUUUAUAUGCUCCUUGUUUUGCUUGAUAUGUACAAUACAAUCUGACUACGAUUGGAGUGGAAUGAUGAUAAUAGAGCAUUAAUCAGAGUCAUCAGUGAUUACCUCGUGUGUGUUUUGUAUUGUGCAUAAUCUGUAUUUAUUCACCCUGUGCAUGCCAUUAUUGAUAUUUUUAUGCCAAACAAAAGAACAAUUUAUUCAUUCAUUGUAAAUAUAAAAGGAUGAAUAAUGUGCA